GGGCGGGGAAAGUGGCUAAACGCAACUGACACUGAACGAUGGGAAAACGAGGCCAGCUUUUGUUCCUUUUCUCCGCCAUGAAGUCAGAUCCAGAGCUCCAGCCCCGCCGAGGAGCGGGAGAAAAGGGGUGCUGUAUUUUAAGAGGCAGCAGAGCCGCUUGCUUUUGCUGGGAGAAGGGAGGGCUAGCAUCUAGCCAGAAAAGGGAAAGAGCUUCGCCAGCAUCUCAGAAAAAGACGGCCGCACAAUGGAGCGGCCUCUCCUCCUUCCCUUUUCGGAUAUCCUGAGCUCUGGAGACCUUGGAAAGAUCAUACAGAUCCAGGAAUGUCGAAUAUGGAUGAGGAGAAAAAGCUUCAGGGCUCUCUUAUCAAUGGAUAUGCCGCUGGACAGGAGGAACAAGCAGGAGGUAUCGAACGGAGAUUAUUGCCAGUUUGGAAUAAGCACAAAAAAGCAAUAAUAAUUGGAUUUGUCAUUUUGAUCUUCAUCGUUGCUGUUGUCUCCUUUUUUCUGGAAAGACACAUGCCAUUAAAUUGCCAACAUGAUGACAUUAAAUGCCCACUUGACUGGAUUGGACAUCAUGGGCACUGCUAUAAAUUUUCAGAAGAGGAAAAAAACUGGAAUGAAAGCUGGAACUUCUGUAUUUUGCAUAAUGCUUCCUUGGCCAAAAUUACAAAGGAGGAAAUGGAUUUUGUGAGGAAAUUCACAAGAGACCACGUCUUUUGGAUCGGCCUCAAGAGAGAACGAAAUCAAUCCUGGAAGUGGCCAGAUGGAGACAAUGCAACGUCGGAAAUCAUGGGGCAUGAUGGAGAAGGAGGAGGAGACUGUGCAUAUUUGGAUGAUAGUGGCGAAGGCUACGCAGGGACAUGCACCACCGAACACCGCUUCAUCUGCAAAAAAAAUGAUCCUAAGAGAUCCUGAAAGGACUUAACGACCAUUCAAAACAACAGCAUAGGCCUCAUUUUUAUACAGUCAUGUGAAAAGGAAAGUACACCCUCUCUGAGUUGUACGGUUUUACAUAUCAGGACCUAGCAAAAAUUAUCUGGUCCUUAGCAGCUCUUAAAAAUAGGUAAAUACAACUUGAGAUGAACAACAACACCUGAAUAUUACACCACAAAGCAAGUAAAUUUAUGAAGAUUUGUGAACUAAUUAUGAGGAUCUUAAAACAACUCAAUUGCAAUAAGAUUUUUCUAUCUGCAAUUAUCACUACUUAUUAUAGACUAAUACUUUUCUAUAACCUUUUACACUAAGUACAAACUAAUUUAUUUUUCAACUGAAAUUUUCUCUUUUCAUCUUUUUGGUAAAUUUUUUGUACAUCUCUGGUUGCAAACUAUAUCUAGAGGACAAACCUCACUUGGAUAAAUGGCAUUUUUUGUGGGCCUUGAAAUUGCCAGGAGCAUUGGGUUUACUUGUAACAGAACAAAAGAACUUGUGGCAGAACAAAAGAAAUGUAAAGAAUCUAGGAGAAAUAAAGAACUAUGUACGAGCAGAAA